AGGCGGACUCCACUCGCGUCAUCAAAAAAUGGCGCCCUGAGCGGAAGAGGCUUCCGCUCUCGAGUUGCCACCCCUGCCAGGCCAAAGGGAAGAAACUGUGCAUCAUUACACAAAAUGCAGUGUUCCCAUCACUGUGAGCAUCUCCUGGAAAGUCUGAACAGGCAGCGUGAAGUGGGCUUCCUUUGUGACUGCACCAUCAUUAUUGGUGAAUUCCAGUUCAAAGCUCAUCGAAAUGUUCUUGCAUCUUUUAGCGAGUACUUUUGGGCUAUUUACAGGGAUACUUCAGAGAGUAAUAUAUUUCUGGAUCAGAAUCAAGUGAAGGCUGAUGGAUUUCAGAAACUUUUGGAAUUCAUAUACACAGGAGAUUUAAACCUUGAUAGUUGGAAUGUUAAAGAAAUUCACCAGGCUGCCGACUAUCUUAAAGUGGAGGAAGUAGUCACUAAAUGUAAAAUUAAAAUGGAAGAUUUUGCUUUUAUUGCUAAUCCUUCUUCUACAGAAAUUUCUAGUAUCACUGGGAAUAUUGCAUUGAACCAACAGACUUGCCUGCUAACACUUCGUGACUACAAUAACCAGGAGAAAUCAGAUGCCCCUUCAGUGGAUAUAGCUCCAUCUCCAGUCUUAACAGCAGCCUUGGAAAAAAAAUCUGUCCAACCCAAAAAACGGAAAAAGGCCUUCAGUUCCCCCAAACACCCACCGAGCAAGCCAGUACAAUAUACAGGUGAUGUUGCAGAAAACUCUGCCAUGGAGAUGUUUUUAGACGCAAAUAAAUUGGCCACCGAGAUAACAGAACAAGCUGCCCAAGGUGGCGAUAAUUCUGAACUGCAACUUACCCCUGUGGUGGAGAGUGAAACUUUUGCCGCUCAAGAAAUCCUUGUGCAGACUAUGGCUGUGAAGCCAAAACAAGGCAAACCACAUCAAAAUUGUGCUUUGAAAGAGCACUGCUUAUCUAACAUUACCAGUGACAAGAACUCCUAUCAGUUGGAGAGCUCGGGAGAAGACCUGGAUCAGAAAUACCCCAAGGCCAAGCCAGUGUGUAAUACAUGUGGGAAGGUAUUUUCGGAAUCCAGUAGCCUGAGGCGACACAUGCGGAUUCACAAGGGAGUCAAACCGUACGUGUGCCAGCUCUGCGGCAAGGCGUUUACCCAGUGCAACCAGCUGAAAACGCAUGUAAGAACUCACACAGGUGAAAAGCCAUACAAAUGUGAUCUCUGUGACAAAGGAUUUGUUCAGAAAUGCCAGCUUGUUUUCCAUAGCCGAAUGCAUCACGGAGAAGAGAAACCAUACAAGUGUGACGCCUGCAAUCUGCAAUUUGCAACUUCGAGUAAUCUAAAAAUUCACGCCAGGAAACACAGUGGAGAGAAGCCAUAUGUCUGUGAUCGAUGUGGGCAGCGAUUUGCACAAGCAAGCACGUUGACUUACCAUGUGCGACGGCACACGGGAGAAAAGCCUUAUGUCUGUGACACCUGUGGGAAAACGUUUGCCGUUUCAAGUUCACUCAUCACUCACUCAAGAAAGCAUACAGGAGAGAAACCUUAUAUAUGUGGCAUCUGUGGCAAAAGCUUCAUUUCUUCAGGAGAACUUAACAAACAUUUCCGGUCUCAUACAGGUGAAAGACCAUUUAUCUGUGAGCUGUGUGGAAACUCCUAUACAGAUAUCAAGAACCUAAAGAAACACAAAUUGAAAGUUCAUUCGGAUUCCGAGAACCCAUUGGAUUCCAUUGCACUUGAUCCUUCUUCCUUCAGCGAGCAAGAUUCAAUCCCAAGUGAGAAAAGCCUUUUGCUGGAAUCUGCUGACGUGAAGCCUUCAGACAUAUUGCCUCUGCCCAUUGGAACAGAGGACCAUCAGACCUUGGGAAAUACAAGCCAAGAAUAUUGAAAGAGCUAGAGAAAUGUUUGAGUAGGAUUCCAUUCUUUUACAAAUUUAUCCAAUGCAAAAAAAAGCAAAUUCUUUGUGCAUAAGAAGAAAUACAAUUAUUAAAUGCACAGCAGUUUUAGCAGUAAUGCAACCUGUACCUUCUCCCUAACAACUAUACCAAAUUCAAAUUCUGAUUCAGGUAAGAUUUGUAGUAUCAACUCAGAUAGGUGUACACAGGUGUAUGGUAUUUAUUUGCAAAACUGAAUAUAAUCCAGUAACUAGGAAACCAGAUUCAGACAGAAUAAACUGUAUUCCUUACGUUGCAUAAUGUAAAAGGAACCAAUGUAUUGUAUAUUUUGACCUCCAGUUCCUGAGGACAUCUUUACAAGGGGUGCUGUGUGGUAACAGAGCUGUGUCCCAAUUAUUGAAUCUGGGAGUUUGUAGAACUGUAUGUGAAGGACGAACAUUGCCAUUGGAUGUGAUUGUGCGGAUGUUUUGGCCUGAGUAGGACCAAGAAAAAGAACAGAGAUAAUAGGACUCUCCAUACAUUUUUUUAGCACCAGGAGACCUAGAGACUCAGUAAUUCUGAUUUUUAGGAACUAUGUUCCUAGCUUGAUGUGUUGCUUGGUAAAUCCAACUUGAAUAAUAAUCUGUUUCUGAAUUGUCAAAAACUAAAAAGAGAAGGAUUUUGCCCUUAUUAACAGCAGCCAAAUUGCUCUCCUAACAAACUUCAGCCCCAAACCAAGUGGCUUUGGUAUCUAUUUCCUUCCCCCACUACUCAAGGACAUAUAAUUAGCACUGUUAGCCUACAUUUAGGAGUUAUAGUUUAGGAAAGAGGGAAAGGAGGGUUAGCUCAGUGAAGCUUGCCAACCACUUUUUACUUUUGUGAAGAUGGAGAGGAUCUGAUUGUUUCUGAUAGAUAUUUUCCUGAUACAUUCAAAGACUUUUUGGUAUAAUCUUGCUUAGUGCUGGUGAUACUAAGCUUCUGUUAGCACAAAAAAAAUCUAAAACGUGUAUGAAGAUAGGUUUUGGAUAGAUUUCUUUAUAAUAUCAUAAACUACCUUCUGGAGAAAACAGUUUAAUAUAGGUAUUUCAGAUGAAGACGAUUUAGGUGACUCUUGAAUACUGUUUCAGACUUUCCAAAAAUCUUGUCCCUGGAGUUUUUUAUUGGACUAUUUAAUAUUUAUAUUUUUUUUUCCUUUCUAAGGUUUGCGGUUUGUACACAAAGCAAUUUUUUUAAAGGCCAUUUUUAUCUUAUACACUACUUUAGGCUCUGGAAGAGCUGAAAAUUAUUGGAGCAAUAACUGAAUAUACAACCUUUUUUUCCUCAAAAGUCCACUGUGAUGCUUGGAAAACUUGGGCUGUUGAGCGAUAAUGUGUCUUUUUCACAAACCAUGGUUUCUGCUGGUAUUAAAGUACUAGGUGCGAGAAUUUACUGGGAACUGUAGGGAUUGUAUCAC